AACAAAAUUUAGUUCUCUAACAGCGAUUGUAUUAAAAAGGUGUUUUUACUCUGAAUACGCUUAAAUCGGACGUUCUUCGGUCAUUCAGUUAAUUUAUUAAUAAUAAUAUUAUUUGUAUUACAUAAACAUAAAGCUAAAACAUCAACAUGACUAAACCCAUUUUAUAUAUGGCCACUUUGAGUCCACCCUCAAGAGCUGUUAUGCUUACAGCCAAAGAGAUUGGUUUGGAACUUGAAUACAAACCCAUUAAUCUGCUUAAAGGCGAACAUUUGACACCAGAGUUCAUUAAAAUGAAUCCCCAGCAUACCAUACCCACUUUGGUAGAUGGUGAUGCUACCCUCUAUGACUCUCAUGCCAUUUGUGCUUAUUUGGUAGAGAAAUAUGGUAAAGAUGAUAAAUUAUAUCCCAAGGAUUUAUUGAAACGUGCUCAGGUCGAUGCUCGUCUUCAUUUCGAUUCCGGCCAUUUAUUUGCACGUCUACGUUUCCUAUACGAACCUAUUUUAUAUUAUGGUUCUACCGAUUGUUCCAUCGAUAAGAUUGCCUACAUACAAAAAUGUUGGGAGAUAAUGGAACAAUUCCUAAAAGAGCAUCCUUAUGUGUGUGGUGACGAUUUAACUAUUGGUGAUUUUUGUUGUGUGGCUACUAUAACGUCUGUGAAUGAAGUGGCCCCCAUUGAUGAGUUUAAAUUUCCCAAUUUAUUGGCUUGGUUAAAACGUAUGUCUGAACUGCCCUACUAUAAGGAUACGAAUGAAGAGGGUGCCGAAGAGUUGAAGAGAAUUUUCAAAGAAAAAUUGGCUGAAAAUCGUGGAGCCAAGUAGAAGCUAAAUUAAAAAAAACGUAACAAAUAUACAAAUUUAUACAUAAACAUUUUAUAAUUAAACAAUUUCUACUAUA